UUGUCGAUCAUUGUCUGUUGUUAUUUGUCAUAUCAGCUGAUUGCGUCAUUGCAUUUAUAAAACAAUAACGCAAAAACAAAAAACAAGUCGCAUUUACUCGUUUGACUACAUUUUUAGAAAAUUAUUGUGAAAAGUAGUAAAAAUGAAGUUUCAAUAUAAAGAAGAACAUUCCUUUGAAAAACGGAAGGCGGAAGGUGAGAAAAUUCGCAGAAAGUAUCCAGACAGAGUACCAGUAAUUGUGGAGAAAGCACCAAAGGCUAGGCUUGGAGAUCUCGACAAGAAGAAAUAUUUAGUACCAUCUGAUUUGACUGUGGGCCAAUUUUACUUCUUGAUCAGAAAACGCAUUCAUUUACGACCUGAGGACGCAUUAUUUUUCUUUGUCAACAACGUAAUUCCACCCACAUCUGCCACAAUGGGAUCGCUCUACCAAGAACAUCAUGACGAAGAUUUUUUCCUGUACAUCGCUUUUUCUGAUGAAAAUGUUUAUGGAUACUAAAUUCUUUCUUUUAAAUAAUAAAUUCACUUUUAUCUGUAGUAUUCUUUCCAUAUGGUGAAAUUAGGAUUAAGGCUUAAGACUAUUGGUGUAUUAUGUUUAUAUUAUGGUGAUAAAUAUUUUUAUUUUGCAAUUUUCACUCACUGACUUGUAUAUGCAUUGUUAUUAUAGUUGUAGCAUAUUAUUCACCAAUGUGAUAAUAUUCAACUGUUUCAAUUUAUAUGUACUAUGGCGAUUGUACCACUUUCUGAAUUAAAAUAAAAAUUACUCUAAAACCA